UCCACUGUUGUGGGCAUGUUUCAAACUCCUCUCUUCUUCUGCAUCUUCUUUCUUUACGAGCUUGUUUGAUCUCCUGAAAAUUCUGAUAGUUGGGUUUGUCUUCUUCUACUUGUCCAUUUUGGAUAAUGUAUUAAGUUUUCUGAAUCAAAGAGAAGAAAUCUUGAAGCUGACUUCUCCACUUCCAUGCCUGUUUGGUUAAUUGGGAAAAAGGUGUAGGAAUAAAGGAGAAAGUUUGCGCAUUUUCCUUUCCUUUCCCGUCGACCAAACUGAGUCCUUUUGGUGCAAUUUGAUGGGGUUUCUGUCUUUCAUGAGCUAACACUAAAUGGGUCGGCUUUAAAUCUUUAAUUUUGAUUACUGAUUUGCUUAAACCGCUGUUGCAUCGGAUCUUUGACUCUAUCCAUUUCUCAGAGUUACCAAUUCUUUUAUCUUGCUGGGGGCUAACAGGCUCCUAGGAUGGGGUAUUUCUAGCAAAUUUUCAACGAUUUUUUCGAUGUUCUGAAGCUUGUUCCUUGUGGGGAAGAUCUGAUAAGGCGGUUGAUCAAACUUAAAGAGCAUUAUGGUUGGUGAGGGUGGUGGUAGCUCCAUCAGGGUGGGCACAACCGGGAAGAUCAGUGUUCUGAUGACAAGGGAACUGGAAUCCACAAGAUGUGAAUCAUCAGAGACACCAGUGUCUUGUAGAAGAAAAUGCCAAACUGGCCCUGUCUCGGUUUCUUGUGGCACUUAUGCAAGAAGACAACACCGAAGAACUACGGGCAAUGGCAAGAGCUCUGGUGGCAGUCCAAGGAGUUCCAGUCAGGGCAGCCAUGGAAGCGCCCACAGAAAAACUUGCAACUCUAGACUGCCAGCCUGUCGCGUUCCUAUUCUCAGCUCUGAUGAGGUUUCUUUUGAUAGAACUCCUGAUAGAAACUGGCCUGGUAAGAAAGGCUCUUGUGUUGUUGAAAUUGUGGACCUCAACUGUGGGAAUCCUGAAAUAGGUUGGUCUAGCCCCAUGGCCAACCGGCUCAAGAAGUUUGGUUUCUCAAGGCUCUCUCAGACCAUAAACUAAUCCUGCAGCUUGGCCUCAUCAAGUUGAAUCCCAUUCAGCUGGCUACAACCCACUGCUUUGUUUACAGAGCCCCCUUUCUUCUUUGUUUCUUGGGGGUUAUCGAUUAUGGUCUUAAACCUUGACUUCUUUCUGUCUUAAUUUUUCUCAGAUUCUGCUCAAAUAAUUUGAUUGUUGUCUUUCUCAAGGGUUUUGUUUCUGUUGCAGCCUUUGUUUGAGGGAAACCGAGGGCUGAUGUGCAGCCUGUGCAGCCUUCAUAGGGCAUGGUUUUUAGGAUUUGAGAUAGGUUCUGAGCUUGGCUUCAGAGUAUUGGUUUUGAUGUCUUGUCUUAAGUGGGAGAAGGAUUCAAUCUGUUACAUUUAUGAUUUAGUCUUGUACCUCUGUUUCAAUGGAGGAUGAGAUCAUUGAGUUCAUGUUUCUUAAUCAAAACUUGCAAGUUGAAAGCAUUACACUUUCUUUAAUCACUUGCCCCUUUGGCUCCUUAUGUGGGGAAAUGAUCUCUCGACCAUUUAUGCAAAUAUUCUGUGGAAG